GCACGUAAUACAGGUCGCUAGAUCUUGUUACAGUUAUUUCGGCUGGUACAUAAUAUAAUAUAAAGUAAAGCGUGACCCAUCAACACAUUCUGUGUUAUGCGCAAUUUUAUAGCUCGUACGCCUAAACAUUUCAUAAACGAUAUCUCGCAUUUUAUACAUGAUGUAAUCUUAACGAGGUGACGGGAAAUUCAUUAUUGGCAGAGAAUUUGGAAGAUAUAAAUUGGACUUUGAAACAUACAGUCAUCAGCCAGACGGGAUCUACAUACACUGGCAUAUGGUCGUUGAUGACUUGGCGUAAUAGUUUAUUCUCGAGAAUGAAUGUGGGUUAAGAAGGCCGAUAAACAAGUUGGGAAGCCGCAUGUCAAAAGCUUGACUCAAAGGAUCAAAUGGUGCUAGACCUGAGGAGCUGAUAGUUAGGAAGAAGAUCAGCUCAAAGCGAAACAAUUAUAACGGAGCCACCUAAUUAUCCGACAGUCUGAGGAACUAAAAGAAUUCGGACAGACAUCGAACAAAGAAUCAUAAUCCUCAAGCGAGUUUCUUUCUUCAAAUUGUCUCCACGUAUAUCGACUUCUUUAUACAUCCUUUUUGCUGAACAAGGACCAUAAGAAUUUAGAAUUUAGAGAAAGACAUGACUGACACGCAGUUAGAAGAGGAAGGAGGGGGUGAAAGAGUCGACGAUGUCAUGACGUCAGAUGGGGUAGACGUGACGUUUUCGGACGAUGGAGUCCAAAACACAGCGGUCGCCUUGGCAACCAUGGGAGAGACGACGACCAACGUCGGGAUGGUCGUGCCCGGUGAUGACCACGACCUUUAUGAGAGGACCCCUAGGAAAUACCAGGAAGAGAAAGACGGGUUUAAAUACAAGGAAAGCAUGAAACUGCUUAUACCUAUUCGUCUUAAGCCUACAAAUGAAGAAUAUUCGCCGAUGGAUCACUGCGGUCUUAUAUCGUUCAUUUGGCUCAACUGGAUGUCGUCUUUAUUUUUCAAGGCUUAUAAGAGAACCCUAGAGUACUCGGAUCUGUGGACGAUGUCGGACUAUGAACGAGGCGAUUACAACGGUGACAGAUUUGAGAAACUGUGGGCGGAAGAAGUUGCUCUGAAAGGGAGCGAGGAGGAAGCAUCGAUGGGAAAAGUAGCCUUUCGGUUCGUUCGGACUAGGCAGAUCGUAUCCGCUACUGUCUUGGUGAUAUCAAUGAUGUCUUCAUUCAUUACGUCGGCCGUCGUUGUGCAGAGACUCCUGAUAUACACUGAAGAGGAGGAGGUCGAGCUCUGGUACGGCAUCGUACUCGUCGUCUGUAUCUUCAUCCUCCAGAUCAUACGGAUAUCGGGCGAUGUCUUCUUCUGGUCGUUCAGUUGUCGUACGGCAUGUCGGCUGCGGAGUGGUAUACUCACUGUGACGUUCCGCAGGCUGGCACACCUCAGGAGCCUCAAGCAACAUAGCGUUGGCGAGGUUAUGAACGUGUGCGCAAACGACAGUCAGCGUCUCUUUGACGUCUGCGUGAUCGGAAACUUUCUCGUCUCAUCCGCAGCCCUGCUUAUAUCAACCCUCUUCGCCACGCAGUUCAUCGUAGGUUGGGGAGCGUUGAUCGGGACUCUUGCUACGUUCAUCAUCUUCGUACCACUCCAGGUCAUGGCCGGGAAGACCAUAUCUAAGAUCAGGAUGAAAUGUAUCAAGGUGAUCGAUGUCCGGGUCCAGAAGAUGAACGAACUUCUCACCUUCAUCAAACUCAUUAAGAUGUACGCCUGGGAGUUACCAUUCUCAAAGGCGAUUGGAGGUAUUCGCAGCCGAGAAAGGUCGUAUUUAGCCAAGGCAGGGAUCUUGCAGAGUUUCAGUCUUUCUAUUGUUUCCAUCAUUCCAAGUCUUGCUUCCGUGCUUUCCAUUAUCAUCCACGUUGCUAUGGGCAACUCGCUCUCUGCCUCUCAGGCCUUCACACUGAUAGCCCUAUUAAACGUGUGUCGGGCUGUGUUUGGACCGACUCCCUUUGCGGUUCGUAUGCUGGCCGAAUCGACCGUGGCAUUGAGACGUAUAAAGUCGAUCAUUAUCAUGGAGAGCGCGAAACCGAAUGAGAAGCUUGACGAGAGCAGUAAGAACGCCAUUGAAAUCAACGGAGGUGAGUUCGGAUGGGAUGUUAUCUACAACAAAGAAGAUGAGAAAGAGUCGGACGUCACCAUGGAAACCACUGGCUCUGAGGAUGAGAACAAGAAUGGGGAGAUCAACAGGAAUGGACAAGAUAAAACAGUUGUGAUAAUAAAGAAUGGGUCUACCGAUGCCGCCAAAUCUAAUGGAGUAAAGAAACCGACAUCCAACGGAAAACCUAAGCCUAAGCCGGGGACUGUAGAAAAUGUCUCAAGCAAGAUUGUUCCCGUUCUGUUUGACAUCAACUUUGACCUACCUAAAGAGAAGCUUGUCGGUGUAUGCGGAUUGGUUGGGAGUGGGAAGUCAUCCCUGAUCAACGCCAUCUUGGGCCAGAUGGAGAAGGUCAACGGAACCUGCAAGGUCAGGGGAAAAUUCGCUUACGUCGCGCAGGAGGCCUGGAUCUUCAAUGCUACAGUACGGGAGAACAUCCUCUUUGGAACACCGUUCGACGAGGAGCGCUACACCAUGGUCAUGGAAGCCUGUAGCCUGAAGCAAGACCUGGAAAUCUUAACCAAUGGCGAUCAGACAGAGAUCGGUGAGCGAGGAAUCAAUUUGAGUGGUGGUCAGAAGCAGAGGGUCAGUCUUGCCCGUGCUGUGUAUGCAGACAAUGACGUGUAUUUCCUAGAUGAUCCAUUGAGUGCGGUAGACUCACACGUCGGAGAACACAUCUUCAACAAGUGCAUCAAAGGUGUCUUGAGCAAGAAAACAAUUCUCUUCGUCACUCACCAGCUUCAGUACUUACAAGAUUGUGACUCGAUAGCAGUAAUGGUGGAAGGUCGGAUCGCAGAGAGGGGAACUCACAGUGAAUUGAUGACGUCAGAAGGGGAAUAUGCUCGUCUCAUCACAACGCAUUACACGAAACCUGAAGACGACGAAGAAGGAGAUGGAACCACACCCACUGACCCACAAUCACCAAAGCUUAAAAGACAAUUGAGCAGACAGAAGUCAACCUCACCAAGUGCGGCCAGUGAAGACGAGUUUACCGACCCUGCUGAACAAGAUGAAGGUCAGUUAACAACAUCCGAAAAACGUUCUGGCGGAUCGCUGUCAUGGAAGACCUACCACGGUUAUAUUCAGGCUAUGGGUGGAUACUUCAACGCCUUCAUAGUCCUCUUGGGGUUCAUCUUGGUUGUCGCGCUGUUAACAUUCAACAACUGGUGGCUCAGUUACUGGAUUGAAAUCAGUGGCAAUAGACCGUAUAAUGAAACAUUGGACGAGGAACCCCCAACUUUAGUGAAUGACCCUCAGCUAUGGAUUUACAUGACGGUCUACGGUGGUUCCCUGGUUCUCAUCUUCAUCGUCGCAGCGCUCAAGAGUAUCACCUACAUGAAGUUUACCCUGAAAUCGUCAUCCACCUUGCACAACAAUCUCUUCAGAUCAGUGAUUAGAAGUCCAAUGAGUUUCUUUGAUACUACACCUAUUGGAAGAGUACUCAACAUGUUCUCCAAAGAUCUAGAUGAGCUCGACGUGAUGCUCUCGAUCAACAUGGAAUUGAGCAUUAACUAUAUGUUGACGAUUGCCGCAUCAUUGAUCACCAUCACUGUCAUCUUCCCCUACUUCCUCUGCGCUUUCAUUCCUAUCAUCAUCAUCUUCAUUUUCAUCAUGAUCUUCUAUCGAAGAGGGGUCAACGAUAUGAAACAGUUGGAAAACGUGAGCCGAUCGCAGUGGUUCUCACACACCGGUUCGACGCUGAUCGGUUUGACCACCAUCCAUGCGUACGAUAAGACCGAUGAGUUUAUAAAGAGGUUCGUCGAUCUCUUGAACGUGAACGCAUAUCCUUUGAUGUUGUUUCGAAUGGCUACUCGAUGGGCUGGAGCUCGUCUUGAGCUUCUCGUUGUCCUCGUCAUCACCAUCACCAAUCUGAUGGUUGUCCUACGACAUGGGAAGAUAUCACCCUCUGUCGCUGGUCUAGCUAUAUCUUAUGCAAUGCAGUUGACGGGUAUCUUCCAGAUCACAAUGAGUAUGAUGGCUGAUACAGAAGCACGAUUGUUUUCUGCAGAAAGGAUGAUGACAUACAUAAAGGCUCUGAAACCGGAGGCACCCGAGAGUAUCCCGUCCAGCUUACCUGCAUCAGGCUGGCCCAGUAAAGGAGAGAUAAAAAUAAGUGAUUACCGCAUGAGAUACCGAGAGAAACUUCCACUGGUUCUUAAAGAUGUCCGGUGUACCAUCCAAGCAGGGCAAAAGAUUGGCAUUGUGGGAAGAACGGGCUCAGGGAAGUCGUCAUUGAGCGUUGCCCUGUUUCGUCUGGUGGAGGCUGAUAAGGGAUCUAUAACGAUCGAUGAUGUCGACAUAUCAGUUCUUGGUCUCUUUGAUUUGAGAUCUAAGAUGUCCAUCAUUCCCCAGGAUCCUGUCCUCUUCAUCGGUAGCGUUAGAUACAAUUUGGAUCCAUUUGGUGAAAACAGUGAUGCAGAUCUGUGGCAAGUACUAGAAAAAGCCUACAUGAAAGAGAAGAUUAGUACUCUAGAUGGCGGUCUCGAAGCUCUCGUUACAGAAGGAGGGGAUAACUUCUCUGUUGGGGAGAGACAGUUGAUGUGUAUGGCGAGGGCACUACUUAGAAACAGCAAGAUCUUAUUCUUGGACGAGGCAACAGCAGCGAUCGACACAGAAACAGACAGCUUGAUACAGCAGACAAUACGAACAGCUUUUGAUGACUGUACCACACUCACCAUAGCACAUCGACUCAAUACAGUACUGGACUCGGAUAAGAUUCUAGUCAUGGAUGAUGGGAAGGUGGCGGAGUUCGAUUCACCCUCAACUCUCCGGGCUAAUCCUAAAUCCAUCUUCAGCGGGAUGCUGGCAGCAGCCGAAUCUCAGGGAAACUCUGACAAAGCCGACUAGCAUAGCGUAUUGAGAGACAUAGUUGUGACACGCACGGAUAGUUAUAUGCGCGGAAUAGUUCCCUCUCACGGAAGAACAGAUUUGCCCCAAUCUGUCACAGGGCUGAAACUAGGCUCAUGCUUCAACAUCAGGCUUCCAGUUUCUACCAUUUUACUCUUAAAUUUGGUGACAGUGUCUUUUUUUGCCAUGGUAAUAUACAAAAAAGACAUAAAACAUUAUAAAUAGCCCACCUCACUGCCCGAAUAAGUGGUGGUAAGUUUAAACACAAAUCGGGCAAGGGCCCCAUACACCUAUGAAUUUUCUAGAAUAGAUUUAUAACCAAAGAAUUUUGCAUUACAAGACUACAAAACAAUGCCAAAGAUAUUUCAAUGCUAAUUUUCUGUUAUAUCAUUACGUUUAUUAUUGUCUGUCAUUGAAUAUAUUAUGUUGAAAGAAAUGAAAAUAAAUUCGCUCUGUAUAGAGCGACUACUACUACUACUACUACUACUACUACUACUACUACUACUACUACUUCUACUACCUGGAGUAAGAAAAUAAACGAUUUAGGAAAUUACCAAUUCCCCAUUAAACAUUAAGGUUCACUGCUAUGUCAGGGUAUUCUCAGUGCAAUCAGAAUCUAUUUACUCUUAGUGAACCGUAGCUCUGUCUUAUAUGAAUACAUUAUUCGGAAAAUAUAUUGGAAUAUACAUUUACAGGAAUAUGUACGUAGAAUAGCUUUGAACAUAGCCACAGUGAAGCCUUCUUUCACUUAUCAGCGUCAAACGUAAAAAAUGAAUUUUAAAUUCAAAAUGCAAGAAUGAAAUUCAGACCAUAUCAUCGGGAACUAAAGGGAGCGAAGCGCGAUAAAGAAUUUGUUUGUAUCGUUUUGUUUAUAUUUCAAUUUUCUGUUCAUUCUUGUUUGUCAUCACUAAUGGGUGCAAGAAAAAAGUUUUAGAAUAUAUGUGCUCAAAACUAUUUGAUGUUUGUAGUACUUAAAAGAUGACCCCGUAAUGAUCACAAAGACUUUCGAGAACUCAACUCAAGGGGCAAUUUCAACACCCUAUUGUAUAUCCGUUGAUUUUCAUGUUCACAAUACGUAAUUCGUCAUUAUCAAAAAUGUUUGCACAUUCUAGGUGAUGUUAAAUAUUAUUUAAAUUCAUUUGGGUUGAUGUUUUCGAAAGCCUUUUGCGAUCGUCAAGGUGCUUUUAUGAAUUAAAAGAAAAUCAUUAAAAAUAUCUAGUUCUUAUUAUGUUCACUGUAAGGAUUUUGUAAUCAAAUGAAACUAAAGCUAUCAUAUGGGGUCUGAGAUCUGAUACUUUAAUAAUAAUUUAUAAUAAUUUAUUUAAUAAUAAUACUUUAUGUCUACCUAGGCAACACUUUAUAAUUAAAUGAAAUGUUAUCACCAUUUUGAAUUCAUAUUUCCCCAUAUAUAUUCAUGUAGUUUGGUACAAUGUUCGCCAGACACUUGGGGUGCCGAAGUGCGUUAAUGUUGACUCUUAGUUUAAUGAACUGACAAGAAGAGAGUUUUGUUUUGCUCCUUUUUAACUCAAAAUUCGCUGACAGCGCAUCUGCUGUUCCAACCCUUAAUUGUCAUGCCCGGCAGGUCCCCCGGUAACAACCCAGCUUCCAGGUCCAAGGUAAUGCACCAGCAUAGAAUACUGUAGUCCUUGUAGAAAAAUCAUCCCCUUAUACACUAGAUUUUUCAAAAAUUUAAAAGAAUUGGAAUUUUUAAAUUUGUUUAAUUUCAUGUUUCAUGUAAGUUUUAUUGUCUGUAUUAGUUACUCUUGUUAUUUCACAAACUAUUCUGAACUUGUAAGUGUAUACAUAUCAUAUGAACCGUGUAUUUUAUAUUUAUAGAUAAUCUAAUAUGUUAGGGGAUAUUGCCUUGCAUGAUAAAGAUUACUCCCACAAUAUCAUUGUUUUAUUGAAUUCAUUAUGUCAUUGAGACAUCGUACGUGAUGAACAGGAGUUAACUCAUCUAAAACAUUGCUUUAAAUUGACGAAUUCUCAUUUGAUAAUUAUUUGAAAGAUCUAACAUAAUAUUGUUACACACAUUAAUUUUAAAGCUCCCCAAUGUUCCUUUGUUAUUUUUGUUAUUUAGUAAUUUCAUCUGUGUCAACACAGAUGUUUCAAUUAUAUUUCUUCAAUAUAAUGAAAUGCAUUAUGACUUUUCUUAUCUUUCAUAAGGUACUCAAAGUAACACAUUCCGAUAAUAUAUCUUCUAAUGUAUCUACAUUUUGUGUGCGUUUUUAUCAUAAUGUCUACAAGACAAUUUCUUAAUGAAAGAUUUAAAUUUGAUUGAAAUAUAACUAUAUAUUUUAUAUAAACGGAAUUUCCGAUCUAAAUUUA